AUGUCACCCCCCAAAACCCCUCCCUCGCCUUACCUCGCCAACUCUACCGCCCCGCCCUCAUACCCCAACUCCACACCUCCGAGCAGUACCACCUCUGCCUUCCCUUCUUCGGACCAAGACCAGGACCGCCCCGCUCCCGAGGUCCGCAGAGGAACGGUCAUCCCUCCACUUUCGAGCUUCCCCAGCCCGGUCCCCCCUGUCGUCAAGCCCGACUUCGCCGUCAAUGCGCUGCGGAACCCGCGGGACUACGAGAUCAUCACGCGGGCGUUGAAGACGCAUGAUCAGCAGGCAUUACUGGAUGAUGUGCUGCAUCGGACGGGGUACUAUGCGGGGGAGAUCAACGGGUUGGUUAGUCGGUCGGCGAGGACGAGGGUGGUAUUUACCCCUGCGCCUAUGCUCGAGAGUCCUAGUGCUGAAGGAAGCAGGAGUGGCGCAAAGAGUCAGGAAGGGGCGAGUCGGAAGGGGACGAAGGAAGUGAAGGGGGAGAAGGAGAAGAUGGAGGUACUGGAGGAUACGGAAGAGGAUGAGGAGACGGUCGUGCAGGCUGUCAAGAAGAAGAAGAAGAAGAAGGGUGGACAGAAGAAGGGAAAGAAGGCGGGGGCUGUCAAGCCCGAGGAGGAACCGAAAGGGAAGGUGGAGAAGGAGGAGGAGGCAGAGAAGGAGGAGGUGGAGAAGCUGGUUCAGGCGGAGGAGGGGAUUGUCGGGGUCCAGCCGGCGGACGACCCCAGCGAGACAGUCAACGUCGAGCUUGUCAACUCGGAGCCUGUCACAACCGAGGUCGUAGCCAUGGUCGAGCCCGUCAUUAUCGAACCCGUUGAAGAGCUCGCUGCUCCAUCCCCCGCUGUCGUCGAGCCCUUCGAGAUCCCCAGCACUCCCGCUUCCUCUGUCGAGACGCACACCACCAUCGCUGAAGCGCCCGAGUCGUCCGCGGCUGAGGUCAUCCUCACUCCAAAGGCACCCCAUGUCCAAGAAGCUUCCUCCCUUCGCAUCACCCCCUCUCAUCUCCGCGGCUCUACCUCUCCAGCCGACCUUAACGCCCACUCCCUCCUUGGCGAUCCUGGACGCAUCACCGUCAACCUCCCCGCUCCCCGUGCCGUGUCUUCCCCAGCCAACAUGACUGCCCACACCCAUCCCGUCGUCAAGCUCGUCCCUGUCGUCGAGGAGGCGGCUGACGAUACCCACUCCACCACCCCGCCGCCUGCCGCCAGUUCCAAGGCGGCACUUCCGUCCAUCGCGGUUUCCUCUCCGGAGAAGCUCCUGCUCUCGCCGACCGCUACGGAGAUCGACGAGGAUGAGGACGAGGGGAGUCCUCGUAUUAUUGGGUUGGGCGGGACGCGCGGGCUCGGACACGCCCGUCGAGGAGAUAGCAUGGUCUCGAAUGGGUCAGACGGAGAUUUCUCCUCUACCCAGCUCGCACAGCUUACGGGCUUUGCUCCUCGUCCGUCCGUCCCCCAGCCCGCUGGCGAUGUUAUACCCGAGCCGGCCACGCCCGAGAGCGUCACCUCUGACCUUCCCCAAACGCCCAUUACACCCCCUCAGCAGCUCCUCUCUACCUUUCCCUCCCCUCUUACUCCACACCGACACAUCAGCCUCAGCCCGCAACCCACUCUGGGCUCUCCGCUCCGGUAUGAGCUCGUCCCUCCCCCCAUCCUCUACUCCUCGGACGAAGGCGAAGUCGUCAGCGAGAACGCGAUCGCCAACGACAACCGGACCGCCAAACCCUGGUCCCUCUUCUUUAGCGAUACAAGCAAGGACGGCCAGUCUCGGCGCGCCAACGCCCACGCGGCCCAUGCGCAUAUGCCCUCGCCCGAGGCAUACCAGCACGGCCUCGUGCCGAUCUUUACGGCGGACAAUCUUGUCGAUCUGUUCGGAUACUGGCGGGCCCUCCGGCGGCAGAUUGCGAAUGCGACAGGAAGGGAGAUUGAGUAUCCCCAUGAGUAUCUGAAAGAGGGCGAGAUGGGGCUCGGACUUCACUGUAUGAAGGAUGAUAAUAACUUUCAUUUUUUCGUCAGGGGGGUCAAGCCGAUGUGGGAGGAUGAAAUGUGCGUUCAUGGUGGCAAGUUUAUGUUUGCCGGUCCGGGGGAUAAGAUGGACUCACUCUUCUUCGACCUGGUCCUCCUCCUCAUUUCCGACCGACUAUCUGACGACUGCCCCCCGAACCCCGGCUCGGGAUCGCAAGUACUCGGUAUCUCCCUCUCUCGCCGAAUGAGCAAUACCCGCCUCGAAGUAUGGGUGGGCGGACCGGGCGUGCCUGAGCGGGAAUGGAUAAGGAGGGUGCAGGAGGUGUUUGUACGUGAGGCGAGGGGGGAGAGGUUGUAUGAGUACAAGCCGUUCCAUCCGCCUUCGACGGCUGCGGGUGGGGGUGGCGGUGGCGGUGGCGGUGGAGCGGGGAGUGGGAGAGGAAUGGGGAUGGGGGGAGUGGCUAUGGGGAAAAGUAGUUCGGGUGGGGCGGGACCAGCCAGGUCGCCUAUGGGAGGUAUGGGAGGAGGGGGCGGAGGGAUGGGCAGGUCAGGUCCGGGCCCAGGACAAGGGCAGGGACAGGGGCAGGGGAUGUUUCAGGGGGUGAUGAAGGGUAUGCCGAUGGCGAGGAGCUUGAGUAUGGGGCUGUGA